AUGGAGGUCGAACUUAGGGAAGCGUCGGCUGCCAAAGACAGGAAGAUCGAUUCUAAUGAAGGAAAAACGCAGACCAUAGGCUGGCAAUCUCUUUUAACUUUCACCAUCCUCUCUCUGGCGUGGUUAGUGGGUUUCGCAAGCCGUCUUUUUGCUGUGAUACGAUUUGAGAGUAUUAUUCACGAGUUUGAUCCUUGGUAAGUGCUUAGCUCACGUCGGUUUCGAUCCGCUUUUUUGCAGUUUUUUGACGACCUUUAAGUAUUUUUUUAAAAUUUUUUCUUUUUAUAUUGUAAAAGAGAACCUAGAUCGUGGAGUAAAUUUGUAGCUUCUAUUGCGGUCGUCGGAACGAAAGUGACUCCUUGUUUUAAUUUUUUUCGUACCUAACUGUUCAGCUCUUUUCCGCGCGGGUUUAAACUAUUUGGAGUGGAUUUUUAUUGCUUUGUACAAAGAACUGGAAAUCGCUGCAAAAAUACUAAGCCUUUUUCGGAAACGAUAAAUGAAACACGUUUUCUGUGAAAUACUUUAAAGCUAAUAUUGUUGCCAUCUGUCACGCCGAGUUGAUGUCUUAUUUUUACUACAAGCGUCAACUUGAUCAAAUACAAUUUAACUUUGCAUAAUUUUAUUGAUAAUUAAACAAGUUUAAACAUCAGCUGGCGGCUACAAGCAGAUGUGACCAGCGAUGUCACUUAGUCAUAGCAGAAACUCAAAACGAUUAAAAAUCACCUAAAAAAAAUUCCGUCUUGACUUGUGCAAGCGGAUUUUACGUUUGUGCUGCGAUUCUUGCCACACAAAGGAACAAAGAUCAUUUUUGUUCUGCAGUUGGGCUGUCAUUUGUAAAAUAAAAUCCUUUUAAAGAUAUCCUUCCGGUAAUGCUUUAAAUAGAAUUGAUGAUUGUUAUUAGUAAAGAGUUUUCGUCUGACUUGAGUGAAGUUCAUAUUAGGUAUUAGUUCAUCCCGUCCGGUAUAAACUGAAUUAUUUGAGAAUUUCAGGUUUACCAGAAUAAUUUUUCUUAAACAUUUUAUAAGCAGAAUUUUGUUAAACAAGCGACUAAAAAAAAAAAAAUGAAAAGAUUUAUAAAAGAACAUUUCAGGAUAAUGGAGUCAUGAGGACCCCAAGUCGCCGCGUUAUAAAUCUUUCAUUUUACUUCUUAGUUGCUAAUUUUUCUUAAGGAUGUUUUUUAUGAUUUUCAAAAAUAGCUUAUUAAAUACAGUCAAGCCUUGAUUUUGUUUGUCUUCUAGUGAUGUGAAAAGUGAUCCAAACAUAUAUUUCUAGGUAGCUUUUUGAUACACACCAAAUAAAUUUGUUAUUUAUCCAUUGUGUGGUUCCAGAAAAUAUCCAUACCACCCCCUACAGAAGGGGUCGGAUUUUCGAGGGGGGUCGAUUUACCUAAUUUUCCAGUGGGGAGGGGGAUGCACCAUAGGGAAAUAUUUCCAGAGGGUUCUUGUGACGCGCAAGAGAGUGACUAAGAAAAAAAAACACAAAAAUCUACCACAACAAAAACACGAGGAAAGUUAAAGAGCUCUUAAGCUAAGAACAAGAUCCGUUCAGUGUCCCCCAGUAGGCACUGUGAUAUUUGUAUUCUUGUUUGGCUCCAACAACGACUCUUUCGCUGCGAAUUAAGCUUGUGAACUUGCACUCGAAGUCCAGAAUGUCCUGAACUUAUUCCAUUAAAAUGUCACGUAGUGACGUCGGAACUUUUCAUUACAGGUUCAACUACCGCUCAACACAUCAUCUUGUGACCCAUGGUUUCUACAACUUUCUAAACUGGUUUGAUGAGAGAGCAUGGUAUCCAUUAGGGAGAAUUGUUGGUGGAACUGUAAGUACAUACCUGUAUUUAAUUUCAUUGAUUAACAUAACAUAACAUACACUUUAUUACGACUCCUCUAUAUGGGACUAUUCUGUCGUAACAUACAAUAAUAUGCAACUAUCCCCCCAUUUCUUUACCAUGUCGUUAAGCAUAGAAAAAAGUGCCAAAAGAGUACAUCUGAAAAAACAGUGCCACGGCAAAAAUGGAAAGAAAGACUGCAAAUAGCAACUUACAGACCUUCAUCAUUCUUAUCAUUCAAAGCAAAUUUUUCUUUCUUUUCAUUGGCCAAGAGUCCACCACAUGACCUGCAAAUAAUUGCCUACAAAUAAUGGUCUGCUCAUGCGCAAUGCUGUCCAACUGUGUUUGGCUGCAAAUAAUAUUCUAGUCAUGUUUACAGUAGUUGAAACUAGAUAUAAUUUUCUCCUUCUUAUGCAAACUUGUCGCAUCGCUUUUGAAUUUGUGAUUUUAAAAUGGCAAAAUUGAAAUCAUCUUUCUUUAAUUACCCAAGGAUAUUCAUUAAAAAAACAAACUCAGUGAUCAAAUGAUAAAACAAUUGUGGGACUUGGGUAUUGCAAAAUAUUUUUGUUUUCUUGUGCAAAGUGUGGCUCUUGCUAUUCAAACCUCACUGGGAUUACCAAAGUUAAAUAUGAAAGAAUCAACGAAAUGGAUUCUGGUCGCAGUAGUAAAAUGUCAUCAUCUUGCAAAUACCAAAUGCAGUCUUAGAUAUUAUUUUAACGUACAUAUGUACUGUUGACUAACCCUCUUGUUUCCUGUCAAAUGGACCACUCGGUAUCUGAAGGGCGUCAGUCAGGCCUGACAAGUCUUUCAUACCUCCGCCAUUAUUGGCAAAAAUUUUUUCCCUAUGUAGACAUCAGCACUUAUUGUGUGUUUUGCUCUUGAUGUCUACGUACCGGUAUUAAAUUGUAACAAUACAAGACUAAUAUCUAACUCAGAGACCUAACGGUUUAUUUAGAUUCUAGGCAUUUCCUUACCUGUAAUGUAUUUUUAGUUUUGCAAAUAUUAUAUAUGCAUGUAAAUGACCAUUAGACUAAAACUACCUUCUGCAACUAUAAUUAUUCUUACGUGAAAUGUAAUUUAAAAGCUUCUUCUUGUUGUUGUUGUUGGGGGUAGUUUUUUUUAUUCCAUUUGCUGGGAGAUUAAUCCUUAUUUAUCUCAAAUGUUGUUUAAUUUAUUAUUAUUUUUUAUAACAGGUUUACCCAGGAUUGAUGCUUACAUCGGCAACUAUUCACUGGGUGUUAAAUACUCUUCAUGUCACAGUGCACAUUAGAGAUGUAUGUGUGUUUUUGGCCCCCAUGUUCAGGUAAUUAACAGUCCUACCUAUUUUUCGAGUAACUUAGACAUUAACCUGCGAAUACAGCUGUUUCUCCUUGCUCCUCACCUCUAGGGAUGUUUCACUUGGAGGAACAUCUGUGCCUCAGUGACAGAAAUUCCAUACUGAUGAAGUAAUUAAAUCAAUGUUUACAUAAGAAAUGCGGUAUUCAUGGAGUUCCAAAUGCAAAUUUGUUUGAUUUUAUGUUUCUCCUGGUUGAUUAUUAGAUGGUAAAGUUUUGUGUUCUAUUGCGAACAAGCUCCAGCAAAACUCAAAUGCUUUUUCUAAAGAAGAAUAUAUUCCAGGAAUAUUGACUGUUCUGUAGUAGAUUCAUCACGCUUACGACCCUGUUUACAUUUGACCUUUGUGGCCAUUUUUUGUGCCUGUCAUUCAUAAACAAUAGCUAAAACAAUAUAACUACUAUGUUGACCAAUCAGAACUCCUGACCAGAUUCCAGAGUCACAGAUUUUACAUCGUCAGUGUGAAAUUUCUGUUGCUAAGGCAGUGUGCAAAGAAAGUCGUGUCCGAUAGCCUGGGGCUAGUGGAUUUUGCUAUAGGGCUAGUGAUUUUUGUUCUUAACUUGCCCGACAGGCAAGUGCUGUUUUUUGGGGAAAUUCAAAUUACAGAGGGAUUAUAAUCAAUCCUGCUAAUCAAAAAGGGUUUGGGGCUAGUUGAAAUGACUUGUGGGCAAGUACAUGCUAGCUACAGUUUGCCCAAAUGGCAGGCUGUAAAACUGACUUUCUUUGCACCCUGUAAGGUGCAAACGUUCUUCCUGGUGAAAUGUCUCUAGCAGCGAGGAGCAAAAAGAAACGGCUAUAUUCGCAGGCUACUUAAACAUAGGGUAAAGGGUUUUUCCAUUUUUGAUGUAAGGUGUCAUGCCCUCUCAUCAUUUCAAUUUCUUCACCUCCCCUACCAAGUUUCACCCGCUCCUCUGCCCUUUCCCCUACUGUAAUUCAAGUAGCUCAUUUAUUCUACCCAAUUUAAAAAGUUGAGGUAGUCAGUAAAGAAAAGAGGCAGAAGAGAGAAGGAAAAGGGAUUAGAAAUGUGCUUGAUUUAUAUGUGACCUAAUGAUGGCAUGGAGGCAGCGUGGCCGUAGGGUUAGAACGAUGGACUUGUAAUUCGGAGGCCCCGAGUUCAAGUCCUGCUCAGACCAAUAGGUGGAAUUAUUAUUGUUCUCGCUAGUCCCAAGUUCACAUCCUCGGCCACGCUUGUAAAAUAGCCAACUGAUUGCACCUCCUUCCAGUUGGGAUUUUUAACCAUGUUAUGUUCCAUUUAAAUUGUUUGUUUCAUUAUCCCUGAAAAGCCUUAUAAGGAGAGAGGAUAAUUAAAGUAUUAUUAUUAUUGUUAUUAGUUUUAUUAUAAUUAUUAUUACCACUUGAUAAUGCACUGUUAGUAUUUAGUAUUUAGUAAUGCACAAACAUUAAUUUGUUGACCUUGUUAUCUCAUUUUCAUUUGUAGUGGUCUUACUGCCAUAGCAACAUACUUGUUAACAAAAGAACUGUGGAAUGAUAGGGCUGGUCUCUUUGCAGCCUGUUUUAUAGCCAUUGGUACGUUUGUAAACUGUUUUAACACAAUCUACAUUGUACAGAUGUACAUGUAAACAAUAUUAGAUAUUAAAUGUAACUGAACAUUGCAUCCUUGGAUCAACUUGCAGCAAGGUCUGUGAUGUCAGUAUACAUUUUAUUAUUUUAGUUCAUUUCUACCCUUGGUUCAAAUUGAUUUUCCUUUGCUGAACAUUUGGUCUGGUAAUGUACGUCAAUGAGCUUUAAACAAAGCAAAUCAAAUUUGUGCACUUUACAGGUUUUAAACAUUCAAUUUAGCUUUGCUAUAUUCUCCAUUACUGACGAUUCUUGGAGAACCUGAAAGCAAAAUAGAAGCAGAAAUCAACCCUCCAAGGUAAAGUUUUUGCUUGGUCACCAUUUGGCAACCAAUUCUUUUGGUUCAGGGAGACUUUUUUACAAAUCAAGUCACCAGCUUCAAAAUUUUAGGCCCCAUUGCAACUAAAAUAGUCGCAACUUGGAAGGUUGAAAUAAAACCAAAAUAAAUCCUUAGUUGUUUGAUUCCCCGCCUACUUGUUGUGUUAACCCAGCAACUUGAAAUCUUAGUGACAACCCUGAACAUAGUAUAUACAUGUAAGGUGGAACUUUUAAGGCAUGAUUAGUCAGUUGGCAGUUUUGACAUGCAGAAGAUCAGUCCAGUCAAGUCUAUGUAAAAUUGUGCUCUGAUUAUUCCAGUUCCUGGAUACAUAUCGCGCUCAGUGGCAGGAUCAUAUGACAAUGAAGGAAUUGCCAUCUUUGCACUACAGUUUACUUAUUUUUUAUGGGUAGGUGUGGAUUUAAAUGAUUUAUUAUAAUUAAUAAAAGGUCUUGAACAGUGCAUUAGAUUCGGGGUUUCUGAGAAGUUGUGAAACUCCAGAAACAGAUGUGAAAUGUUUUGUAAGCUGCUUUAAAAAAUGGACCUGAGUGAUUCUAGGCAGUUUUGUGGUGUCAGGAGAGUCCAAACCAUUGUCGUUUACCUCCAUUACAGUUCUACUCUCUGAAUAAAAACCUAGUUUUUAAGAACAUGUUUAGCCUUAAAUUUGAAAGAGGUUCAUAUUUUCUAAAAUCUUUUAUAAUAUAAUAUUCUUUGAAGGAUGACUUGUUCAAAAUUCAUUUGUUAAGUGCUUCAAUAUUUUAAAUAUAGUCAUGUACCUUCUCUUAAUUUUAAUGUAACCCUUUUCUUCAGGAAAUAAGGACCUAUCCAAGAACUUUAGGCCUGGUUCAGACGCCGAACUUUUCAUGAGCCAAACCUAAUUUGAAUUAAGCUGACCCAAAUUAUUUAGACCGGCUGAAUUGAUCCAGAUGCCGAUCUUAAUUGCAGCUGAACUAAGUUCAAGGGUGAAAAAUGCUCAUUUCAGUCUAACUGUUUACAAAAUACGUUAUAAUAAUUUAUGCGUUAGGUUAGGUACUUGAAAAGUUCGGCGUCUGAAUCAGAGCUGCUCCAAAGGCGAAAUUCCCGGCCAGGCUAGGCGAAAAGAAUGGCUGAGCCAUUCCAAAUUGAAUCAGGUGUUCCUAAUUGAUUCAGACGCCGAACUUUAUAUGUACUUGAUUCAAUGUAUUAGGUUCGGCUCAUGAAAAGUUUGGCGUCUGAACCAGGCCUUAAUAGCCUAAAUUUGUGCUAGUUACAUGUACCAUUAAUUUUUUAUAUGCACAUGUGUAAGAAGCUGUUCAGUCUACCUUGGGAAAGUGCUGAAUUUUCAUUCAAACUUCACUGGGUACAGCUCAGCUCCUUUGGGUGAACAUUUUUUUGUGAAUAAUUUAUUUUUUAUCAUUUUUUUCUACUAAUUCAUGCAGGUUAAGUCUGUGAAGACUGGAUCAGUGUUCUGGGCCGCAUGUACCAGCUUAUCUUACUUCUACAUGGUGAGUAAAAUCCGAAAUAAGCAUUUUGUCUAUGAGGAGCUUUAUGUAGUUUUCCUUGUAGACUUAGUAUCACAGAGUCUCAUCGUACUGAAAUCAUGAUCAUUCUACUCACUGAGCACUUCACCUUGUUGGAAAGAGAAACCAUUGACUCAGGCUGCUGUUGGUUAUUUUUUUUUGUACUCUUAAAGGGGCUAUGUUACAAGAAUACAGCUGUAUUUCUGUUUUACAGUGUGGGUCAAUUCUAUGCUGAAGUGCAAUUAUUCUAGUGCUCCUUCCCUUCCCAUACAAAAAUGCUCCUGUAGUGUUAUUAAGAAAAGUUGUAAAAGAAAGCUGACCCAACUUUUUCAACUUUCAAUCCAUGUCCAUACAUGCCACAGAUCCACAGUUGACAGGUAUCAGUUUUAAUGUCUAAACAUAGUCUUGAAUAGCAAAACUGAACCAUUGUUUUUAGAAUAAGUUUUUUGAAAAGGUAGCAAAUAGCAUGAAAUAGUCCGUUUAUGUCAUGACAAGUUCACAUCUUUCAUUUCUAGGUUUCGGCCUGGGGUGGAUAUGUUUUCAUCAUCAACCUUAUACCUCUUCAUGUCUUCUUCUUGCUUCUCAUGGGGCGCUUCUCUUACAAGAUUUAUGUUGGUAUGUGCAUUAUACUACAGAGUAUAUUAAUAUAUUGAUUUUUAAUACUGUGCCAGUACUGGUCAGCAGUACUUCUGUAAAGGCAUGCUUCACAUGCCAGCUGGCUUCCCUCAGUUUUCCCUUGUGUUAGGUCUUGUAAGUUACCUUGUUAUUAAAGCUUUGGUUGUGUUACGUAAUUAUCGUGUCAUCAAUCAACCAAUCUUUCUCCUUCUGGCGCAGCAUGGUUUUCAAUAAUAUUGAAUUUGAAUUGGUGGCAUUUAUCUGUAAAGGGACAGGCAUUAAUCUUGUUCAUGUACAAGCCCUCAAUUAUGCCCUGAAACACUACCUCCAGAUUUUUGUUCUUCAUUAAUAUGAUUUGCUCCUGUCAUGGGUAGUCUGUUAGGUUGAAAGAAAUGGCGCAAUAGGCUGAUUUAGCAACAGGACGGGAAUGUCAGUUGGUGACGGGAAAGUGUGCGGAAAGGACUAGACACGACUUCCGGUACCCAAUUUGCUGCUUUGCCCUUGGUCAUGCCAGUUGUUUGAUUUGUGCGUGCCGUUGUCAACUGACAUUCCUGUUUUGUUGCUAAAUCAGCCUAAUGAAAGUUUUCAAACACCAUUAUUUUGGAACUGCUCUGAUGAAGAAGUGUCCCUAGUGGCUUUUCUGCCUGUGCUUAAAAACUUUCAUCACGGUAUUCUUUCAACUCAAAUGACUGCUCCUGUGUCUGCGAGGAAGAAAAUGAAAAAUUACCAGCAUGCUUAUGUCAUCAGCCAGGGUCCAGUUGUUUGAACGCCAGUUAGCGCUAACCUAGGGUUAAAUUUUAACCCACGCUUCUUUUUCUUUUCAUCAAAAGCACUCUCUCAGAUAAUUUUCUAUAUUCUUUUUAGAGUUUCCAGUCAUCAAAUUGUAGGCAAAGAGAAUUAAACUGGAUUUGUUUUUUAAGCUCUCAUAUCUGAGUUCAAAUUUGGCACUAACCCUGGGUUAUCUUAACCCAGCUUCGAACAACCCAGCCCAGACAAAACGCUUGUUAUUUAACUUACUACAAAAAACUAACUGUUGAUCCAAGUGUCAUCAUCGAUUUCUUCUCAAUUUUUGCAGCAUACACAACUUUCUUUAUCAUGGGUCUUCUAAUGUCUAUGCAAGUACCUUUUGUUGGCUUCCAGCCAAUCAGAACAAGUGAACACAUGGCUGCAGCAGGUAGGGUGCUUUCAUUUUUGUGAUUAUGGAAACUUUUACGGCUUUAAUAAAUAUUUCUGGAAAUUAAUGCACGGAAUUCCCUUUAUUAGUGAGCUUUAGAUUCAAGGAUGAGGACAACUACGUGGGCAACAUUUAGUUUUAAGUUUUCUGACACCUAUUCUCUAAAAAUAGACACCCCGGAAAGCUUCAUUGAACUUUUUUCAGCACAAAAAUUAGUACAUGUAUGCUUAUUUCCGUUGAAGGAGGUAAAGCCCUCUCCUGAUCGCUAAAUGAUAAAAUUGCUAACAUUUGAUAACUUGUUUUCACCUCCAUGACAUUCUCGCUAAAACUCGUAGUAGAAUGUUGAUGGCUAUCACUUUUUCCCGCCAAAAUGACGUUGGUUCGUGCACAUGCACUACUUAGUAUUGGGAAAAUCUUGUUCUUGUAGUUGUACUCAUCUUAGAAUGUAACCCUCUCUGUUUCCUUUAAUAGUAUCCUCAGCCAGUACAAUGUGGCAUUGUAUCUUUGUCUGCAGUUGUACAAGUUUAGCAAAAUUUGUGUAAACUGCUCUAGAGCCUUUCCACAUGACAUCACGCCUGCCAUAUUCAUAUAUAUUUUUGAAAUUAGUUUUAAUUGCAUGCACUUACUCGAUUUGUUGGCAUUCUGUGUAUUAUUUGUGUAAUUUUAUCGAUUAUUAACAGUAUGAUAAAUUGAUUGUUAGGAACAUUUGCCUUGCUUCAAGCCUAUGGAUUCUUGGUUUACAUUAGAAGCAAAGUGUCAUGGACUGAUUUUAAGAACAUUUUUAUCUUUGCUGUUGUGGCUGUUGCUGGUUUGGUGUUUAUUGCUGUCAUUUUUCUUACUUAUGCUGGUAAGCAAUGCAUACUUCAUCAUUUUAACUUUAAUUUUGUUUACAUUCAUUGAGCACUGUCCAUCUUGUACAGUGGAGCAACUGGUGUCAGGGCUGUCCUCAUGCAGUGCCUGACACCCAUGUCAAGUAACCUUUGCUCCUGGGUGCUGCAAGAAUCAUAGUUUUAAGUUUUUAUGCCAGGCGUUCUACAGCUCAGCUCUUUCAGCUCCUUAUAGUGUUUCUUAGAGAACAGCCUUAAACAGAAGUGAAAUCUCUGACUCACUGUAAGAUGCAUUUUUGUAGUGAUGUAGUUGUAAGCACUGCCUCCAAUACCAAGACCACCUUUAUAGGCCUUUUUAGCAAAAUGGACAUUUUUCAAUGAGAGAUUCUUGUGUCAGGAAAGGCAUUAAAGUUGUUUUUAUUGGGAAGCACUUAAAACCUUGCAUGUAGACCAUCAGAUGACAUAUAGAUCAUUUUUUUUUCUAGGCUUCAAUAUGAUAGUUGUUCAAAGGUAGUUUGCUUGCCACUUUUAAACAAUAUUUUAUUAUUGCAUGAGGAUUUUGCUUUAUGUCACAUUAAAUACUAUUAACCUCGGCUGAUAACACUUUUCUUGACCUUGAUUGUUCUGGAUAUCACAAAAACCAAAUCUGAAUUGUUUUAUUACAAACAUAUUGUUUCACAGAAACCAGUUUGACAUUGCUCUUGGAAAUCAUGCAUUGCACAUGCAAUCUACAGACUAGUUGGUUAUCUGCUGACAGAUGAGAAAAUAGCCUGUAGGUUGCACUCAUUUCCAAAAUUAACUGUAUGCUCUUAGCCAAUCACAACACAGAUAGUGAUUAUUUACAAUGUAUAAUAUUAGAACUGGGCAAGCUUCCCACUUUGGUACAAUACUGUCAUAAUUUCACUACCACAAUGUACCUUUUAGUACCCCUAGACAAGCCAGAUAUUACUUUUAUGCCAUCAGUACUGCUCAAGUCACUGAUAUUUAAAAGUCUGACAGCCUUCUUAGAGCACAAAAUCUGUGUUGUGUUGUUGUAGGCUAUGUUGCUCCAUGGAGUGGAAGGUUUUAUUCCUUAUAUGAUACCGGGUAAGUAAAUUUAGCUGCAUUUAGCACACUUUACAUAACUCAACUAAAGACAACAAGCAACAUUCUAAAAUAAAAUCUAUCAUACUACAGUAUUAUACAGAUGCCCUGUAAGUGGUUGUAAGAUGAAGGUGAAAAUCCCCUUUUAUAAUUAUUCUUCAACUUUAAUAGACCUUUUUACUGAUACGGCGGCCCAUAUUGAAUUAAUUCGAUUUAAGGAGUAUUAUAGGAUGCCCAGGGGGCAUGAGCACAUUUCGUUUGUAUUUUCGGGUGCUUUCCGGGACAUUUUUUCUUAAAGUUUUCGAAGAGUAAGAUUGUAAUGGGAAAAAAGAUCCUUGUGCCGCGUUUGGAUGUAAUAAGGAUUGCCUUUUUCUAGUUUAGUAUCAGAAAUAUGGUCUGUCACUGUAUAUUUCUCGGGAAAAAGGCGAUCAUUAUUACAUCCUGAACACGGCACAAGGAUCUUUUUUCCCAUUACAAUCAUAUUCUAAGAAAACUUUACGAAAAAAUGUCCCGGAAAGCGCUCGAAAAUACAAACAAAAUGUGCUCAGGCCCCCUGGGCAUCCUAUAAUACCCCUUAAAUCGAAUUAAUUCAAUAUGGCCGCCGUAUCGAUAAAAAGGUCUAUUAUCUGUUUUCGAUAAGUCUGAUAAGAUUUUGCAGACAUAAUUUUUAGUUCCCUUUCACCAUAAAAAAUCUAAAAUGCCCAAUAAAAGUAGCAAGCAGUUUUUAAACCCUUUUUGCACAAACUGAUUUGAGAAAGCCAAUGGUAAUGUUUAUUGUCCAACUGCUACACAUAAGACGUUUUUGUCAAUUUAAGACUGCUCUAAAUAGUUUUUUUUUUCUUAAACCAUGUAACAGUGGAACUGACUUUAGAAAAGAAGGUCCAAGUGGAUAACAGUAGUUUCCACUAACUAUUAAUUUUUGUUAGAAAUUUUAUUUAAGUCUAUUUAACAAUAUUAUUCCUUGAGCUCGAAUGGGCUAUUGACUCUGAGGCCAUUGCUUUAGUAAAAUCCAACUGGUUGGUCUAAAAUAUCGAGACAAAACAACUUUAGCUAGCAAAACGCGAUUCAGCCGCCAUUGUUGUGUUUUUUAAAGCUGGUGCCUUUCACUACUAGUGAGCUGUAACAUAUAGCCUAGUAGUAGCUCAACCAAUCAGAACGCAGCAUUGAUAAUAGACCACUAGUUGGAUUUUACUGAAUUAUUUUAUUGAUAUGUUUUGCAGUUAUGCCAAGAUUCACAUUCCCAUUAUUGCAUCAGUCUCUGAGCAUCAGCCAACUACAUGGGUGUCUUUCUUCUUUGAUCUUCAUAUCCUGAUCUGCACCUUCCCUGCUGGUUUGUGGCUCGUGGUGAAGAAAAUUAAUGAUGAAAGAGUUUUUGGUAAGAAUCCAAAUUUUUUUCAUAAUCUUACAGCUUUUUUGUGUCUUUUGAUUAAAAAGAAUUCUCUUUUCAGAGAAAAAAAUUAUGUUUUUACUAAUAAGAUAACAGGAAGGAUACGACCAAAUUUUAAUCACUCCUUUCUCGAAUGUGGUGAUUUUCUCUCGUAGUCUACCCAAGUGUAGGCUUUGACAGCAUCUUAUUUAAUUUGUUCUUUGCAGUUGUGUUGUAUGCUACUACAGCUGUAUAUUUUGCUGGUGUGAUGGUACGGCUGAUGUUGACCCUGACGCCAGUGGUGUGCAUUCUUGCCGCUGUUGCUUUCUCUAAAACUCUGGAUAACUAUCUCGUGGAAGAUCGCCAGGAUGAAAACAAGGAGACUGAAGGUCGCGAUGCUGAGGCAGAAAGCAGUGAGGAAGAAAAUGACAAGAAAAAGAGAAAAGAUCUUUAUGAUAAGGUACAUUUAUAACUUGCUAGCUUAGCUAGCUGUUUGUUUCAGUGCAGUUGUCUGACUUAUGAAGUGCUUAUCCUCAUCGUCAUCUUCCUCAUCAUUAUUGUCGUCAUUAUCGCGAUAAAUAACAUCACCAUUAAGAAGAAACAAAAAGCAAACUGCCGUGAUCAACAUAAUGAAAUAUAAAUGCAUUUCUGGAAAGAAAAAAGGUUUUUUAACUUGACGUUUCGUCUGUUGCAACAUACAUCUUCAGAAGUAAUAAACCGUUGAAUAACAACAGAAAUAAGUAAAAGAAUUAUCAAGAAAAUUUUCCAAAAAGAAUGAAAUAAGAAGCCUGAAAAAUUGGGCUUCAAGGGAUACCUCCGCGUUACCGGUGUUGAUCCACCAACUGAAAAGCCACACAGGGAGCGAAAUUUAUUGAUUCAUUUCUCCCUUGAACUGAAAUGAUGUGAAGUAUACAUGAAAUAAUUCAUUUUGAACUGCGGUAGUAUACAUUUCAUGUAUACUUCAUAAAUAAGUAACUAAUUAAAGAAACAAAAUAUGACAUAUGGUAGGAAAUAUUCAACGGUUUAUUACUUCUAAAGAUGUAUGUUGGAACGUAGGAAACGUUAAGUUAAAGUCAUUUUUCUUUCCAGAAAUGCGUUUAUAUUUCCUUAUGUUAUCACCGCAGUUUGCUUUUUGUUUCUUCUUAAGCUAAGAUGGCCAAAAAAUAAAAGUAUCUACGAUUUAACAUCACCAUUACUUGGAACACCAAAGUCACCUUAGAGUUCACAUAUGGGUAUUCGUAUCCUAUGAAAACUUAAAGUUUGAGAACAGUGGAAUGUAUGAUGUUAAUUUAAAUAACAGUUUAUUGAAAGUCAUUGUUAGGUUUUACAAUGGAUUCGUACAAUCGCGCUAGAAUUUUAGCCCUUAGACUUUCAGUUUUUAGUGUGUCUGUCGCGCGCUACGAGAAUCGCGAAGCGCGCCACGCGAUUUGCGUCUCACGAGAGGGUGAUAACUUACUUCUGAGUGGUACUCUAAUUAUUGUUUUUCAUAAACUGUUAUUUAUAUGUUAUUUAUAGUUUAAUUUCAAAUAACUCGUUAUUAACAUUUGAUAAAAUGCUUCAGAUAAAGUAAAAGACCACCCCUAACUGUUGGGGAAGGGGUCUUGUCCAGGAAAAUCUCAAAUUUAAAAUGGGCUUUUUGUAUGGAUGUUCAAUAUCUCAGUCUAAGAGGAAAUUAUCUCACUUUCUUUGUACAGUGUGAAUCUACGUAAUAUAUAAUCAAAGAACUGGCAGACGGUUACUGCUUACACUCACAUUGUAUGUUCUGUAGUGACUUACGAAAGGGCCGUUUGGUUUUCAUUACCACAUCACUGAUAGCCUGCGUAGCGGGCGCCGGAUUUUUUAAGGCGAAGAAAGAAAUCUCGAGGACGCGCGUGUUCCCCUCUUACGGCGUGAAAAAAUUACCUGCGCCUGCUACGCAGUCUACGCAGGCUACAAUACUGAUAUUUCUGGGCACUGGUUUUUUAUUUUACAGCCCGGCAAGAAAAAGACCUCAAAUAACAAACAGAACAACAAACAAAGCAGCAAAAAAGUGGAAAAAGAAAAAGAGGAAGAUGGAGGUGUGAUUGGUGCAAAUCUUAAGGGAAUGGUUGUCAUGUGUGUGGUGAUGAUGCUGAUGAUGUUUGCUGUUCACUGUACCUGGGUCACAAGCAAUGCUUACUCCAGUCCGUCAGUCGUAUUGGCUUCCACUAAUUAUGAUGGGUAAGCCUUCUUUCUCUGCAAACUGUCUAGAAACAGAGCACAGAACGCUAGUUUAGCAAAUCCAAAAUGGCGUCUCCCAGCUGAGUUUCCACGCGUCCUUAAAAUCAGCUCACGCCUUUGCUGUACAAAAAUGAGAUGGUUAUGGUGUUUACAUCGCGCUGGCUAAAAAUUGGACCUCGCAUUGGGCGUUCAAAUUUUUGAACGGCUAGACGUCUAAAUUUUCUUGGGUGUUUCCGUGUGAACGCCUACAAUCAUGGACAAAAGUCCUUGGGACAGUACUGCAAUACUCAUAUUUUUCUGUCAUUCUGGGUUCCCUCAUUAAACAGUGCGGAGAAUCCUUUUCGAAAUUUUCCUGCAGUUCUCCCUCCCUCCACCCCAUACAGAGUUGAAACUCAGAAAAAAAUUCUAGAUACGCGCGUCCAACAUUGUUUGUGGGGUGAGGGGAGGUUUUGGACCGGUGUGAAUCGGAAAACGCUCCAGAAACGCAAAAGUGUCCCAAGAUUUUUGUCCAUGAUUGUAGAUACACGAAUCUUUCACUGGACGAAAAUUCGUCCAUUCCUGUGUGAAAGAAGGCUUAGAUUAGCAACAAGGUUUGGCACAUUUCUUUGCCGUCCCUGCACAACCACGACGUGAAAUUUUUGUAUGCAACGUUUAAUGGCGGAAGUAAACACAUGGAGAAUAAUUUUUCCUUCUCUUUCUCUUAACUUGGUUGCUAUCCCCAGGAAUUCAACUCCAGGGAAGUUCGCCCACAUUUGACAUUUUGAGCAAGCUGGCACUAAGUUUGACAAAAAAAAAAAACCUUUUUAUACAAGGCUAUGCAAAAAUUGAAGGGAGCGUUUAAUGGCGGACCACCGGGCGCUAAACACAUGGACGGACAUCUUGCCAAACGAAUAAUUUCCCUUCUUCUCCUCUUCUUUGACUUUCUAUAAAGCAAUCAACUCGAUUAAUCGAAUUCUUUAAUCGCGAUUAUGACCGUUCGAUUUGAUUCACGAUUCUUUGCUUCCACGUUUCGAUCCCCCCUCAGGAGUUAAUUCAAAAUCAGAAUCCAGAACUCGUUAAAAUGUGCGUUUUUGAUUGACGAGCAAAGGCGAUAGCAGUUCGUGCGCCAUUUUGCGUGGCCUGGUAAAAAUGCUGUCCUUCAACCACCCCUUUAGAAUUUCCAAAUAAGGCAAACCAUCUUUGUCAGGUUCUCAAACAUAGCGACGAACCAAGCGACUGUGAAUCGUCCUGUCCUCGUUACUAUUCUCAAAUUGAGGGUUUAGGGUUGCAUGUUGUUAACAUUACACGUUAUGUUAUAAGAAUUAAGUAACAUUCGCAUAAUCGAUAUGAAUCGUUAAACCCCUAUUUCUGUACUCGUAAAGCAAAUACUGUUGGAUCAACGUUUGUUAUUAUUGGUUAAGAAAGACAGUUGAAAUGUUGAAUUCAACCACGAAGAAGCAAUUACUCAAGUCAACUGAUAGCUACUCUAUUAAAAACUAAGCUUAACAUCAUUUUCCAGCAAUAAGGGAUGUUUCCAUCAUUAUCUCCCUGCAGGAGUCGAAAUAUUCUUGAUGAUUUCAGAGAGGCGUACUUCUGGUUGAGACAAAACACAGAUGAUAAUGCUCGGUAUGUACAUGUAUGAUGAUAUGUUAAUUACAGCAGUCCACUCCGAUCGUUAAAAGGUUCCCUUAAAGUGAUUAACCGUCUUAUAUAUCAUCCUCUGAUCUGAGACAAUUUUUCUUGCGAAAGGAAAACGCAUUUGGAGAGUGCGCCAUAUGUCCUUGUCAAUUGAUUCUCCUGUUUGUUCAUUCAGGAAAGUUUUUAACCGCUCAUAUUCCCUAGAUAUAUACCUCCCCCCACGUGGACUAGUGAUAAUGAUACACCUGGCGACCUAACAUACGGUUGUUUGGUGGGGGGGAGGGGGAGGGGGGGUCGACCAAAACCUUUUGAAGGUGGUGCCGAUUAGAGAACUUUGACCAAUGACGGCACGAGCUGGUGAUUCCUUUCCAGUGAGUGUGGGCUAGGCCUCUAGGAAAGGUCCACAAAACCCCCAUGAAUGUGAAAAGGUUUUGUUGAUGUGUCUUUUGCAUUGCGCUACAGGAUUAUGUCUUGGUGGGAUUAUGGAUAUCAGAUCGCUGGAAUGGCCAACAGAACAACGCUUGUGGACAAUAACACGUGGAACAAUAGCCAUAUAGCUCUGGUAUGAGUCAAUUUAUUAUAUUGCAGACACGUAUUCAACCUUCCCAUACUCCAGGGAACGGGAGGAAGAGUUGGCUAAGUUAGAGAAGCGAUCAUUGCAAAGGUACUUGACGAGGGUAGGGCCAGGGAGCGGACUUUCAAGACACCACCCAUAUAAUUAGCCUGAUGAAUAUUUUUUGGUGCAUUUCUGCAAGAGAUAGAGACAGGGUGCGCAAAUGACGUGUGACAUUGGGUACAGAACCACAUUCCUGUACGAGUGUCUGUGUAAAAUGGCUAAUAGAGAAGAGAAGUUACGUCACGUUGCCAUGGUAGCAAAAUUUCUGGAUGACAACAAACUGAAAACGUCACUUAAAAAGUGAAUUCUCACUGAUUCAAACUUCAUAAUGUCAAAUGGUGGCCAAAUCUUUCUGGGUUGAAUGCGAAAGUGUAGAAAAAGAAAAAGAAAAUGUUUUUGUUGUGUUGUGUUCACCAACUCCAUAAAGUGGGCGCAUGGAAUUAGGAAGUUUCAUGUCGCAGUCGUGCAACGACGGCUAAGAAGUGUUUUGCUACUAGUUAAACCUAUUGCUUUUUUGCCGUUGUCGUUGCCGUGGCCAUCGUUGUUGCUUAAGCUCUCUCUUAUUGUUAUCCAGAAAUUUUGCUACCAUGGUAACGUGACGCCACACUUCUGUCUAUUUAACAAUUAUUCUUCGAGCCCGAAUGGGCUCCGAGUCAAUAGCCCAACUAGUUGGUCAAAAAUAUCGAGGCAAAACCACUGUAGCUUGUAAAACGCGAUUCAACCGCCUUUUUUUUGGUUUUCAAAGCCCGCGCUUUUCGCUACUAGUGGGUUAUAACAUAUAGCCUAGUAGUAGCUCAUCCAGUCAGAACGCAAAAAUCUGUUUUAUAAUACAGGUUUUUUUUGUAUUGUUUUUUUUUCUGUAUAGGUCGGUAAAGCCAUGUCAUCUAACGAGACCUCAGCCUACAAGAUAAUGAAGAUGCUAGACGUUGAUUAUGUACUUGUUAUAUUCGGUGGUGUGAUUGGUUAUUCGGGUGAUGACAUCAACAAGUUCCUGUGGAUGGUCAGGAUCGCAGAAGGUGAACACCCACAAGAAAUUAAGGUACUCGAUCAUCGCUGUUGUAUUUUAUCUUUUCGCUUUGGCAUGUUGAUGAUAGCAAGAUAGUAGUUCAGUACGAUAGUUUACGAACCUGCCUUCUCUAAUUCAUUAGUAAUUCAUAAAGAAAAUACCAAGGAAUCAAUGUUUAAUGUGUGUUUAGAAAUCAGUUGAAAAACUGCUCAGUUUUGCAUCCUUAAUUUCUCAAAGUCUAAAAUCAUUUUGUUUGGGAAGUAAUACCAAACAUUCGACACAGUGUUUCAUCACCAGAUGAAACACCUGCUCGAAGUUCGUCAAAAGUACUCCACUACGCGUCCUAUUUUCAACUCUCUUCUCAGUGUUUCAUCUGGUGAUGAAUUACGUGAAGCCCCCUCAAUGAAGGACUGCCCAAACUAAAAAGGAAAGUAAACAUUAAACCAUACAGGAGAAGGAUUCUUUAUAUUUUUUGCUUUUUCCUUUCAUAUUUACCAGAAAAAGUUUCACUUUGUCGGUGUUAGUAUCGGACCGUGGUCAACAUGCUCAAGUAUUGGUCGCAGGGUGGGGGAGAGGGAGGGGGGAGGUGGGUUUAUUCUAUACCCCAUCCUGCUUUUGCCCCACCCCACUCUUGCUGCGAGCGACUUGUUCACACUGCUCAUGUUUGAUCUGUUGCAGGAAUCAGACUACUUUACCCCUCAAGGCGAGUUCCGUGUAGACGCCGCCGGUUCGCCUAUCCUCUUAAACUGCCUUAUGUACAAGAUGUGUUAUUAUCGAUUUGGUGAGAUGCAGGUAAUCUGAAUGCAGUAUGUUUUACUCUUGACACAAUUGAAACGCGAUCAAAAGUCUAAACGGGUGAACUUUUGAGAGGCAACGAUGAUAAACUGUCUGUCAUCUGAGACAUGCAAACUCUGAACUUAAACAGUUUCGUCGACUCUCGACUUUGUUUCAUCCAUUUAACAACUUGACAUCACCAAAGUUAAGUACAUUUGACUUUGUUACAGUGCGGUAGGCUUGAGCGGGUAGGAGAACAUGUUAAGGUGGUCUUAGUCAUCCGAAUUUUCAUAGUUUUGUGCAUAAACAUACUUAAUAUCUAAUACCUCCCUUUUGAAGUCACCAAUAGCUGGUUCAAGUCCCUUCUCCUAAGAUGUUGUAGGGGCAAAGGAGUCAGUAGAAUGCGUCGAAUCUAGUAAACUAUGAUGUAAAUUGAAUUGCCUGUAUUUUUAUUUUUCAGCUGGACUUUCGAUCUCCGUCUGGUUUCGACAGGACUCGUAACGUAGAAAUAGGAAACAAAAACUUUAAGUUAGAACAUUUAGAAGAAGCUUUUACUUCUGAGCAUUGGCUAGUAAGAAUAUACAGGUACGGCCUAACUGAUUCCGUUUCUCCUUUUCCUCACUAACACGGACACGUUUUUCACUCAUUUUUCGCAACUCUAUAAAGUGAGAUCAUAUUUAAUUUAUAGGAUGGAUACUUACUGCUGGUUGGAUAUUAAGGGGUUUUUUUCCAGCAUUGUUUGUUCCCGGGCACACUGACUUUUCUUUUUGUUUGAGUUUGCGCAUGGCACACCCCUACGCGCCCUUUUGUUGUGUUAUUCUAUUUGCGAAAUGCUUUCGCUGUCAGGGCCUGACCACGGCGUUCGAGCUAACAAACGUCGUUCCCAGGGUCACUCUUCAGGAAGUGGAGAGACCCUGGUAAAGACUUUGAAGCUAACCAUUACAUAAGCCUAAAGUUAUAGCAAGGGACGGAAGGGAGGGAGGAAGGCAGUCCAUGGAAUUCAAUUGUCGCUUCCCUUUCCAUUUAAACCCCUGCCAUGCCAGCCUCGUUCCCAGUGUUCUCUUCUACUCGUGGGGACGAUUAAAGGACCUUGGGAACUAGUUUGCUGCCAUUCAGGGUAUUCGAAAAACAGCCAUCGGAAAAAUAGAGUAGGAGUACGGCAAAAUUGUCACUAAAAUUGUGGGGACGAUUUUUUUAUUGAUGAUAUCACAUUUUAGGAACUAGUUUGCUGCCAUUCAUAUGAUUCAUAAAAAAUCAUAUUUCGGAAAAACUAGAGCUAUGGUCUCGGGUGUUUUCGGGUGUUUUUGGCAUUCUUUGGUAGCGUGUUGGUCGUCUGUAGCGUUGUUGCAAACUGUCACUUAAAAUUGUUCGUGAGCAAGUCCUGUCCAAAUGUCGCUUUGUAAUUCUAGCCAAACUAUUUUUUUAUCGAUAUAUGAUAUUUACAUUCUUCCGGGGUUUUAUUUUACUUCCACUGGGCACUCUUGGUCCAUAUACCAACCAUAUGAUUCAUAACACGUUUAAGUUAUUCACCAAAUGAUCAAUUCUCUUCUAACAAAGAAAGAAUAACAAGUUUUGUUGCGGCUUCUACUUUAACAGGGUUAAAGAUUAUGCAAACCGAGUGAAGAGUAGUGGACCUUUGAGGUCAACCAAUUUAAAAGCUAAAAGUAAAUACAUUCCUCGGCGGGUAAGUGCUGUUAUUUAGCGCGCUGAGUAGACUUCACUGUUGUUUUAGUUUAAAGGAGAUAUGUUACAAGGAUAUUGCUGUAUUACGUGAAGUGCUGAAGUCGUUACUUCGUGCCCUAACCCAUACACAAAAUACUCAUGUAGAGCUAUGACGUAGAUAUCGAACAAAUUUCUCUGGAAGCACUGAGCAUGAUAACUUGUUUUGGUGAUUUUAGUAGGCGUAGCAUUAACACUUGAAAUAGUUGUCCCAGCUUUUUCAGGUUUCAAUCAUGGCCACUCUUGCCAUCCGUUGCCAAAGACAACAAGAAAUAGUUUCAAUGCCUAUGUAUAGUCUAUAUAUAGUAUGGGCAACAAGGGUGUGGCAGUGGUGAGAGCACUCGCCUCCCACCAUUGUGGCCCGGGUUCAACUCCCGGCGUCGAAGCCAUAAGUGGGUUAAGUUUGUUGUUGGUUCUCUCCUUUGCUCCGAGAGGUUUUUCUCCGGGUACUCUGGUUUCCUCCUCUCCUCAAAAAACAACACUUUCAAAUUCCAAUUCGAUCUGGAACGCACGGACACGUUUUAACGAGUUCAUAAGAACUCCUAAGUGCUUCGUGGGUAAACAAAUUACAAUUUACCAUUUUUUUGGUUUUAAAGAACAAAACUGGACCAUUGUGUUGGAAUUCAAUUGAUGCAAAGAGAUGAUUAUUAAGAGGUUUUUAAGCAGAUAGCGUAGAUAUAUUUUCUGGAGCGGGUAUUUGCAAUCUAAAUGUGCUUUCUUUUUGUAUUGCUGUGCAGAAUAAUAGGAGAGGAUACAUAAAGGACAAACUCACAGUAGUUCAAGGCAAAAGAGUUCAGCGUAAAGGGAAAAAGAAGAAUAAAGCAAAGAAAACUAAGAAAAGCGCUUAAAGAUUCGCUGCCGCAUCGUGUAAGACACAACUGACUUCUCCACACUCUGAGAGCCACGCGUGAGGAUCACUGUUUCUUUCUUUCACCACCUUCUCGUUAAACUAGCCUGCGAAAAAUGCCGUCAUUUUGCGACGCCACAACUGCAUGGUUUUGCCGCGAAAGACGUCUGAGAAACGAGCGCAAGAAUUUCAAAGUGAUCACGUAUCACUACCCGGAUCUGGGUAGUGCUUCUAAUUGGUUAAAGCAAACUUCCCUCGCGACACGACCAAUCAGAAGCACUACCCAGAUCCUGGGUAGUGACGCGUCAUCAGUAUGGAAUUUCUGCGCUCGUUUCUCAGACGUCAUUUGGCGGGGAAACCAGUGGUAGCGUCGCCAAAUGUCGGCUGUUUUCUCAGACUACAGUUUAAGUUGUUCUUAAGUAGGUU